GUUUUUUCCUUUUUGCUUUCAUGGAGAAAGGUUAUGUUAUAUUUGUAGGCUGACGUAGAAGAUGAAAUUAAUCUAGGGAUUUCACAAGGAAUGUCUAGAAUUAGAGGAAUUGAAACUCGGGCGCCAAAAGAUGCACUGCAAACACGUAGUGGAUGUAGCGACAUCGCCAAGAGAGCUGCCUGCAAUGGCGAUCAGUCCUCCAGGUCCAAAGAUGACAUAGAAAGACAGCAGAUAAGUGAUUUACUCUUGAAGCUGCCAAAACUUGAUAAAAUAUUUGAGGUACACCGUAAGAUUGGGGAAGGCACAUUCAGUUCAGUGUACUUGGGUUCCUUGCGUCAGCAUGCCCACUUGGACGACUCGGAGAAGAGAUGGUUCGCCAUCAAGCACCUGGUACCCACCGCGCAUCCCGCCCGCGUAGAGCACGAGCUGCGGUGUCUGCAAGACAUGGGAGGGAAAGACCAUGUCAUCAAUGUGGAGUUGUGUCUUCGUCAUUUGGACACCAUCGUUUUUAUAAUGCCCUACAUACCUCAUAGAAAGUUUUCCGAGUACGUGGGCGCGAUGGACGCGGCGGAGCUGCAGCGCUACAUGCGCGCGCUGCUGACGGCGCUGCGCCGCGUGCACUCCUUCGGCGUCAUCCACCGCGACGUCAAGCCCAGCAACUUCCUGUACGAGCGGGAGAAGAACAACUACUUCCUGGUGGACUUCGGGCUGGCGCAGCGCAUAUGCACGCGGGAACCCGCCCCUACCGCGCCGCCGCCCGCGCACUCCAACGGGCUGCGCAAGAGGCCGAGAGAGGACCUGGGGUCGCCGCCGUCGGCCAAGCGCUCGGCGCUGGACCUGUCGCUGCGCGCGCCCGCCGCCCGACGGACCGCCGACAGCGCCGCCAGCGUGGCCGCCGACAUCGUCGCCAGCGUGGCCGGCGGCGCCGUGGCUCCCACGCACACCGUGCCCAUAACGAGGGCCACCGCGCCCACCGCUAGGGUCUCCGUGCCGAAGAGAAACAUGGCGGCGAUUGCGGGGGCGGCGGGCGCGGGCGGUACAAACGCGGGGGCGCCGGGCGCGGCGUGCGCGUGCUGGGGCGCGGGCGCGGUGUGCGCGGGCUGCAGCGCGCGCCCCGCGGCCCGGGCCCCGCGCGCCGGCACGCAGGGCUUCAGGCCCCCGGAGGUGCUGCUGAAGUCGCCGGCGCAGAGCACGGCGGUGGACAUGUGGGCGGCGGGCGUGGUGCUGGCGAGCGCGCUGACGGCGCGGUACCCGUUCUUCCGCGCGCCCGACGACGUGGCCGCGCUGGCCGAGCUGGCCGACCUGCUCGGCACCGACGCGCUGCAGGCCGCCGCCGCCAAGCUGGGGCGGCGCAUCAUCGCGUCGAGCACGCGGCGCGGGCUGUGCCUGCGCAAGCUGUGCCAGCGGCUGCGCGGCGGC